UGACAACUCCAGAUAUCCAACGUUUACUAGGAUUAAGCAUACCUACUGUUUGGAUAUUUCACGAAGCAACGAGAGAUCGUUUUUUGUUUGAAUGUUGCUAGGAAAUGCUAAAGACGAGGCUGUAGGGUUUGUGGUUAAAUAUAAAUUCCGCGGGCAAUCAUACUCGGUUUAACUUUCUAAAUAAAGUACCUUUCAUCGGUCGAGCGUUCUUGCAUGCUCAAUGCAGUCUCAAUGGAGAUAGGUUAGAUAACGUUAGCCUGCUAGCUGUGGGCCGACUGGUAACGUAGCUGGCUUGCUACUGAACUGAAAUGAUGGCAACUGGAAUUAUUUACGCUUUGCUAGCAGGAUUUCUCGGAGCCGUGGCGUCUUCCUCUGCAAAACUGUCACUUGGUGCCAGUUACAUCAAAGGGUUGUGUGAAGCGGGUGUGAGAAGAUGGACUGUCGAAGGGAUUUUGACAUCCGAAGUCGACACUACAUCUUGUGAAUGGCUCCACAUUCCUCUGAGAGUGCUGUGUGGACUCCUGCUGCUUCUCUGCAACACUGUGAUGUGGACCUUCUUUGCUAAAGCUCUCAGACACUCUUCUUCUUCUGCUCAGGCUACAGUGACCACUACGGCUUCCAAUUUCAUAUUCUCUGCAUUCUUUGGACAUUUGAUCUUUGGGGAAAGACACGCCAUGUUAUGGUGGGUUGGCAUCUUCUUAACCUUACUGGGGCUCUUCGUCUUGCACGGAUCACCUUCGCGGGACCAGAAAUUGGAUGUGAAAAAGGGUGAAUGAGCCAUUAAGUGGAUCAGCUAUGGAGGAAAAUUCACUGUACAUUUGGAAAAUGCAAAUAAAUGAUUCAAUUAGGAA